UUUCUCCAACAUUGGUAUGAAAACUACAACAAAGCAAGCUCCUGGACCAUCAUUCACAUCGAACACAAUUUUUUCCAGUCAGAAUACCAACAGUUCAGUCAAACCAAGUCGACCGGUUACCGAAUCUGUCAAAAGCUCAAUUAUCAAAGAUCAUCAAAGAUCUCCUAAUCUGAGCCAGUGGAGUGCUUGGUCGUCUUGUUGCGAUCCUUGUGGGAGUGGACUACAAUAUCGACAAAGAUCAUGCAGCAAAAUGGAGACAGAACAUUGUACUGGAAAUGAAACGGAGACAAGAAUGUGCAAGGCUCCUUCUUGCGAAGCUACCUGUUUCAAUAUCACUGCAAUCUUCGUCGAUUGGAAAUGGGAUGACUUACUGUUGGUGGAAAAUAGCUCUAGCUUCAUUUCCCUGGAAACGAAAUUGCGACAAAUGAUCACAGACCUGUACCCUGAUGAAUCUGUAAGUGUUACCCUCUUAUCAUGCUGGAAGGGGAGUGUUGUAAUCCACUUUACUGUCGCUUUUUACGUGGUUAAAUCAGAUCAGAUGGUGAGGCUAACUGAAAAUAUGAGCAGCAAAGGACUUCUAGCUUCUCUUGAACUGGUGAACAUUACAACUAACAGAGUCUCUAGCCAAGUUCCCACCAUCAUCGAAGCAUAUCUGACAAGUGCCUCUAGUCUUUGGAUGUCUUGGACUCCAGUUGUGGAUAAAAUUGAAGGUUAUCAUUUGGCAUUUCGAUCUAACAGGACCAACGAAUGGACAAGCUUAUACACUGAUAACCUGACACUUUCUCUUUCUUUGGUGAACUUGACAAACGGUGACGUUUACAGAAUCAGGGUGGCAGCGUUUAAUUCUGAGGGGAAUGGUAUUCCUAGUGACGCAGUUGAAAUUCAAAUGGAAGAAAGAGCUCCCAGGGUCGCCCCAGACGUUUCAUUGUGGGAAGUCAAAAACACUUCUUCCUUAAAGAUUUCAUGGAGUACCAUACCUGCGCAAUACGUCAAUGGAAAACUUUUGGGUCACCAUGUCAUGUUCAAAGCACUGAAAGUGGCGGAUCGGGAUUAUGAUGAGGCCAAAGCUAAGAUAGUAACAAAGCCAGCUGCAGUAGGUGAAAAGAACGAACUGGUUUUGACGUCGCUGAGUUCGUUCACGCUGUAUAGAAUUACAGUAGCAGCGUUUACAGCAAAUGGAAUUGGGAAGAUUAACGAACCAAUCUUUGGAGAAACCUGUGCGUGUCCCGCAAAGUUGUACACAAACUGGGCACCUUAUCCUCCCUACGUCACAGAGAUUGACAAGGAACCUGGCGGAAUCAUCGGGGAGCUUAUUCGCGAUAUGAUAUCCUAUUCAUGUGGCACUUGUCAGGGAGGGCAUGGGAACACAUUUUUAGACUUAACCCAGAACGGUAAAGGAGGUCUCUCUAAAAAGACAUCGAUGGCUAAGGUGCGCAGUGACGUGGACGAUAAAACGCAUUUGAGUUUCCCUGUCAUAGGGAACAUGGACGAUGAGAAGUAUCUGAAGGAAUUUGUUUUCAUUCCUGUGGUUGCAUCACCGGGUAUCGCUUUCAUAUCGUUGGGAAGUGAGCCGAGCAGACAAGGGGUGAUUACCUCGGCGUUGAAGAAAAGUUGGCCCAUCGUUGCUCUGUCAUUGGUAAUGGCAAUCAUGGUUGCGAUCUUCAUUUGGAUUUCAGAGAGGCAGAUCAAUUCAGAGGAUUUCUCUCGGUCAUUUUGCAGAGGAACCGGGGAUCUAACAUGGUUUUCAUUGAUAACAAUUACCACAGUGGGAUUUGGAGACAGAGUGCCCGUGGCAGUAGUUUCCAAGCUCAUCACGAUCAUUUGGAUCGUGCUCGGCCUGGUACUUCUCUCACUCUUUAUGGCAAUGCUGACUGUGUCUUUGACUGUUAUGACAGCAGAUGAGGGACGAGCGAUGCUGUACGGGACAAAGGUGACUGCAUUGAAAGAUUCUCCAUCGCAUCGUCUUGGAAUACGGAGAAAUGCCAUAGUAGAUCCCAGAGAUACCCUCGAGGAAGCGUUUAAUGCUCUUGAAGAUAGAGAGAGCGAUGGGUUACUGUUGGAUGCAUAUGUGGCCGGUAGUGGUGCCAAGGAAAAAACGUAUCGUGUUAACCAAGUAAUAGACGUGAAAAAAGGACUUGGUGUAGUACUGGCCGGGGAUGCGAUGGUUUUGCGAUAUCGAAUACGUGAUUUUGUGAAGAAAAAUGCAGAGAAAAUUACAAGGAUUAUUCAAAAUAGUACAACACCUCUGCUGCAACCAAAACAUAGUACUGCUGAGGAAAAAGUGCAAAACCUUGUGGAUGCCAACUCUCAAAUCUACCGAGAUGCCGUCACUGUUGUGGCGGGUGCUUUGGCUGUGAGUAUUGUGCUUGGAAUUGCCUGGGAACUCUUUCGAAAACGACGUCUUAGCCGAGAAAGAGGGGGAAACAAAAACUCUUGUGUAUCGGAUAUGGCAGAGGCUGUGGACGACUUCCAUGACAAAUUUAAAAAAAUCUAUAACAGAUUGAGAAAAAAACACUCAGAGGAGUUAAAGACUUAUAACACUUUUGCCAAAAGGUUAAGUGCAAUACAAAAAUGUAAUAAUCCUGUUGUUGGGUAAAUCCUAGAAGUACCAGAAAUUUCAAAGAAG